UGUUUAGGCGCCUAAAUCCUUCCCGUGGUGCCUUUCGGCUCAGCCUCCGCCGUCCACGUGGGAAGGAGAGGAGCCAUGCCCAAGUCCAAGAGAGACAAGAAGAUUUCCUUGACCAAAACCAGCAAGAAAGGCUUGGAAGUGAAGCAGAACUUGAUCGGGGAGUUGCGGAAAUGUGUGGACACCUACAAGCGCCUCUUCAUCUUCUCCGUGGCCAACAUGAGGAACAACAAGCUGAAGGACGUCCGCAACGCCUGGAAGCACAGCAGGAUCUUCUUUGGGAAAAACAAAGUGAUGAUGGUGGCUUUAGGACGGAGUCCGGUGGACGAAUACAAGGAUAACCUGCACCAGGUCAGCAAACACCUUCGGGGAGAAGUGGGCCUCCUCUUCACCAACCGCACCAAAGAAGAAGUCAUCGAGUGGUUUUCGCAGUUCCAGGAGUCGGACUUUGCCCGUUCGGGGAACCGGGCCACCUUUGCGGUCAGCCUGGACCAGGGCCCCUUGGAGAACUUCCCGCACUCCAUGGAGCCCCAGCUGCGCCAACUGGGCCUCCCCACCGCCCUCAAGAAAGGAGUGGUGACCCUCCUCGCCGACCACGACGUCUGCAAAGAAGGGGACGUCUUGACCCCGGAACAGGCGCGGAUCCUGAAACUCUUUGGCUACCAGAUGGCGGAAUUCCGGGUGACGGUCCGGAGCGUCUGGAGUGCCGAGACGGGAAUGUUCGAAGUCUUGGUAGAAGAUGAUGGAGAAAGAGAAGAGAUGGAGGAGGAAGAAGAAGAGGAAGUGGAAGAGGAAGAGGAAGAAGGGGAAUGACCCCAGAAAGGAGAGGAAAAGGCACCCCGUGGACUCUCGCUUCCCAAAACGGAGCCUCUAGAACAUGCGGAAGCCUUCCUUUCUGCGCCAAUACGGGACUGAGCUGGUCAUAUUUAUCAGAGAAGACAGAUUAUUUUAUUUGUAUACAUACAACUGUAUAUAAAGUGUUUAUAAAACUCUG